UUAUUUGGUCCACGCCUGGGUGUUAUUUUUCCUUUCAUUCACACCACUUCUUCUCCUUCUUCCUCAGCAAUCUCUUUUUCUUUCUCAGUUCUAAUUCCAAUUCUCUUCGAUCUCUUCAAUCUUGGAUUUGAUCAAUCAGAACUCCAAAAACACACUUUCCCCUCCCCUCCUGAGUUGAGUCAUAUUUGGUAGCUUUUGAUACAAGGAUUAGAGAUUAUGCUGCUGGUUUUUUAAAGUUUCCAAUUUCUGAUGCUGAAGGAAUAAGACAUAAAGUUUUUUCCUUUACAAGACUGAAAAGAUGUUGGAAGGUGGUGCUAAAUUCCCUGGAUUAAUAGAUCUCAACAAGCAUACAACUGACAACUAUUAUGAUUUCUCUCAAGGCUUUUACCAUAAGCUUGGGGAGGGUACUAAUAUGUCGAUUGACAGCAUGCAAACAAGUAAUGGUGGGGGAUCUGUUGCGAUGUCCAUAGAUAAUAGUAGUGUUGGGUCUAAUGAUUCCCAUACUCGCAUAUUGAACCACCAAGGGUUGCGGAGACGUGCAAAUGAUAACUACUCUGUUCAAAACAGUGUAAAUCGUCGAGGAAGAGUCACACAUGCAUUGAGUGAUGAUGCUUUGGCUCAAGCUCUAAUGGAUAGCAGUUCCCCAACUGAGGGGCUUGAAAAUUUUGAUGAGUGGACAAUUGAUUUGAGGAAGCUUAAUAUGGGUGAGGCCUUUGCUCAAGGAGCUUUUGGGCUGGCUACACUAAAGCAUCCUAAUAUAGUUCGUUUCAUUGGUGCAUGCAGAAAACCGAUGGUAUGGUGCAUUGUAACGGAAUAUGCCAAAGGGGGUUCUGUUAGACAGUCUUUAAUGAAGCGUCAGAACCGGUCAGUUCCCCUAAAAUUGGCUGUCAAACAGGCUUUGGAUGUUGCUAGAGGCAUGGCAUAUGUUCAUGGACUUGGGUUGAUCCACAGGGAUUUGAAGUCUGAUAAUCUUCUGAUUUUUGGGGACAAAUCAAUUAAAAUUGCUGACUUUGGUGUUGCUCGCAUUGAGGUGCAAACUGAAGGAAUGACACCUGAGACUGGAACAUACCGUUGGAUGGCUCCGGAGAUGAUCCAGCAUAGGCCUUACACACAAAAGGUGGAUGUGUAUAGCUUUGGGAUUGUUCUUUGGGAGCUUAUCACCGGAAUGCUUCCAUUUCAGAACAUGACAGCAGUGCAGGCUGCAUUUGCAGUUGUGAACAAAAAUGUUCGC